AUGGUGGGGUGGGUGUCUAAGACACGUGUUAUUUGCCCAUGCUCUUCCGGUUUUGCAUAUUUUUACGUGUUUCGUAAGCGCGUUUCCACUUUUCUACCACAAAUUCAUUCCGAUGGGCAUAGAACCGCUACCUUCAAAACAUGUCAUGCCUUCUCCUCUCUCCUUCUAACGCUGACGACCCUGUUCAAUGUCUUCACAACCCCUUCGUCUCCGUCUCCUCUCUCAACUGCCCGUUGUGAAGGCCUUCCGUCACAAUCCCAUCCAGAAGCUAUCGAUAAACAACCAAAUCUUAGCGCCCGAUAUUGGGUUCAUGAAACGUUUAAUCAACCACGUACCGAUGCCCCUUCUUUCGUCUUUGGCUUUCUCAAUUUCAUAAAUUCUGAAACCGAUUGCCGACCUCGAAUCGAAGCUGAAGUAACAACCAAUACAUUUGAGGUUAAGUAUUUAACAUUGAAUGGAGAGCCACAGGUCAGGCGGAAGAAAGAUACUAAAUCAAGAACAAUCAUCGCAUCAAAAUCAGAAGCAAGUAACCUUUAUAGGAAGAAAUUUGAAGAAAGAAGUCUGAGUAACAAUGUGAAGAAAGACCGAUAUGAACCUGCAACUGCAGGAGGCAAAAUGAUGGUUUCACAUAAAUUAUUCAGGUACUUCUCAGGAUCACGGGAAGGCGACGGCUUGAUUGUACACACAUGAUGGGGAUAUGUUUCUGAAGAUCCUGGAUUUUAUUCAAAUAACUAUGAACAUGUGUUUUUGAUAAUUUGACAUUUUGGGGAUUUUGUGAUGUGUUGAUGAAAUAUAUGCGAUUUUAAAAUGAAAAAUUUGUUUGAAAAUUCACGGUGUUACA